GAAGAGAUACUGCAAAGAGAAAUGGGUGAGAAGGAGUUGCAAAUUCCAUCAAAGAAGCUAUUCUUAUGGGUUCAAAGGCAGUCAAAAAUGGCUAAGAUUUUCUUAGGUGUUGUCACUUCAUUCACUUUGGUGGUGAUUCUCAAGUUGUUCAUCCGAAAACACAACCACUUCUUCGUCUUGGCAGAGUUGGUUCAUUUCAUUGGACUCUUAUGUUUGAUUUACAAGUUGUCUACUCUCAAGACUUGCUCUGGCCUUUCAUUGAAGACUCAAGUGCUUACAGCUACAUUUUUAGGUGUAAGAUUAUUUUGUGGUUACAUCAUGGUAGCACCUGUACACUUCUUUCUAGAUCUUGUUACACUUGCUGCAACAUUUUGGGUCAAGCAUAUGAUGAAGUCCAGGUUGAAGUCUUCCUACAUGGCAGAUCUGGAUACCGUGCCCAUAUGGUAUUUGAUUGUGCCUUGUGCAAUUGUAGCAGUCAUAAUCCAUCCGAUUACGCGUCAUGCUAUAUUACUUGAUGUGCUUUGGGCUUUUUCUGCAUAUUUAGAAGCCAUCUCAGUCUUGCCUCAACUUAGAUUAAUGCAGAAUGCUCAGAUAAUCGAGCCAUUUACAGCCCAUUAUGUGUUUGCAUUGGGUAUUCAAAGAUUCUUGAGUUGUGCUCAUUGGAUUGUUCAGGUAUAUGACACUCGUGGAGCGUAUCUAUAUUUAGCUGGAAGGGGAUACUUGUGGAUACCAAUGAUCUUUGUAUCAGAAAGUGUUCAAACUUUUAUUUUGGCUGAUUUCUGCUAUUAUUACAUAAAGAGGUGA